AUGACCAGUGGUGGGUCAGGCUACCGAUUGUUGAAAACACCACAUGUGAAUAAGAAGGAGAACCCUAGGAAGAGCGAUCGCGGGCUGCAGCCUAAAAAUAAUCCAUCUGGUACCGCUCCGAAGGGGAUAGAGUAUCCUAAGCUCACAGAUUACAACUUCACCAUCAGUAGAGCUCAAAUGGUAUUUGUACUAAGGUCCCAUCCAUCAUCACGUCCUCCCAGACCAUUGCAGUCGGAUCCCAGUACUCGAGAUCAAAUGAUUUGGUGGGAGUUUUAUGGGACCCUAGGGCACAAAACCAUUGAUUGCAGACAUCUCCGGGAGGAAGUGGCUAACAUACUCGCCAAGGGUCAUCUUCCGGAAUAUCUCAGUAAAAGGGCGAAAAAUAACUAUGGUAGAGUCAGACCAGACGAAGAGAAAGGUGCACCCGGCGCUCCACCGCAUGUCAGUAACAUGAUUUUUGGCAGAUUCAUGAUUGCUAGGACCAGCUUCACAGCUUCCAGGAAGAUAAAGAUCUCGAUAACAUGGGAGAAAAUAACUCGGGACUUCCUAGAGGAGGAUUUGAUUACUUUCUCUGACAAGAAAGCAACGGGCAUUAAUUUACCACACAAUGACGCCUUGGUUAUCACUGUAUUUAUUGGUUGCUGUCGGGUAAGGCGUGUGAUGGUUGAGCAGGAGAGCUCAGCUAAUAUUCUCCGCUGGAAAGUAAUAGAGGAGAUGGGUCUACUAGAGAAAAUCAUACCGGCAGCAAGGACCCUUGCUAGCUUCAAUAUGUCUAGUGAACCUACCAAAGGCGAGAUUGACUUACCAGUGGAAGCCGGAGAGGUCAUCAAAGUAACAAAAUUCCACGACGGUGAUAUGUUAUAUAAAGCAAUCUUUGGGAGGGUGGCUCCAUGA